UCCUCCCUGCUUCUCUCCGCUUCUGUAUCUGUAUGUCCCUCCUCUUUGCUUGCUUCUUCUCCCUUGCCCUGUGUGUUUUCCCUGCUAUCCUAGCCUUUUCUGUCUAAUAUGUGCCACAUUUUGGCCACCUCCGCUAUAUAGCUGACGUGGGUCCAUGCCAUGACAUGCACGGUGUGUGCUGCAGCUUCCCAUCAGCCAUCAACCUCUGGAUUUUUCUUUUUCCUGAGUGGCAGUGGAUGCUUGUCCUUGUGCGUCGCUGUCUCGGUGUAAGCGUCCUUGUGUGGAUGUGAACCUGGGUGGCUUCUUCAUUAUACGUGCAGGGGGUCAUUGUCUGUGUGAUUAGAAGUGAGCCUGGGUUUAAUUGUGUGAGCGCUGCUGUCACUGCAGAUCAGGCUGUGAUUCUGCAUGUUAUGCUCUGAAUGCGAGGAAGAGGUCCUUCAGUGUUGUUCUUUCCCUGGCGAUGGAAAAGAGAGAAGGCGUCUCGCAGCUGCGAAAAAUGAAGGCCAGGUGAGUCCACGGUCCAGUAUGAUUCUCCCGCUGCCACCCUGCCUGUGUCCCAUCCUCUUGCUUGUAUUGGGCUCCUACCUGUCUGGCGCAGCCUCAGGUUGUCCCCAACGCUGCGAAUGCUCCGCUCAGGAUCGUUCUGUUCUCUGCCAUCGUAAGCGACAUCUCAAUGUUCCUGAAGGCAUCCCUACUGACACGCGUCUGCUGGACCUAAGCAAAAAUCGCAUCAAAACACUUAACCAGGACGAGUUUUCUGCAUUUCCUUAUUUGGAGGAAUUGGAACUUAAUGAGAACAUUGUGUCCAUCAUUGAACCAGGCGCCUUCAGUGGUCUCUUCAAUCUACGUUUUCUAGGGCUCCGAAAUAAUCGUCUAAAACUCAUUCCGCUAGGUGUAUUCACAGGACUUAGUAACCUUACACAGCUUGACAUUAGUGAGAACAAAAUUGUUAUUCUUCUGGAUGAUAUGUUCCAGGACCUGUACAAUCUCAAAUCUCUGGAAGUUGGAGAUAAUGAUUUGGUAUACAUCUCUCACCGUGCCUUCCGUGGACUCAACAGUCUGGAAGAGCUGACACUGGAAAAGUGCAACCUCACUUUGGUGCCCACAGAGGCUUUGUCCCACCUUCAUGGUCUCAUCUCUCUACGGCUAAGGUACCUCAAUAUUAAUGUCAUUCGUGACUAUUCUUUCAAAAGGCUGUUUCGGCUGAAAAACUUAGAGGUAGCACAUUGGCCAUAUAUGGACACAAUGACAUCCAAUAGCCUCUAUGGGUUGAAUUUAACUUCUCUAACUGUCACUUAUUGCAAUUUAAGCAGUAUACCGUAUGUGGCAAUCAGACAUCUUGUUUAUCUUCGAUUUCUUAAUCUUUCAUAUAACCCCAUCACAUCUGUCGAGGGAUCUACGUUGCAUGAGUUGCUCAGACUUCAGGAGUUUCACCUGGUGGGUGGACAACUAACUGUGGUGGAACCCUAUGCCUUCCGAGGUCUUAACCAUUUGCGAGUAUUGAAUGUCUCCUCCAAUCUUCUCAGUACACUGGAGGAAUCUUCCUUCCAUUCUGUGGGUAAUCUGGAGACACUCAUUUUAGACCACAACCCACUGGCUUGCGACUGUCGCCUUCUAUGGAUCUUCCGGCGACGUUGGCGUCUCAACUUCAAUCGACAACAACCGUCCUGUUCCAGUCCAGAGUAUGUGCAGGGUAAAGAAUUUAAAGAUUUUCCUGAUGUCCUGCAGCCUAAUUACUUCACUUGCCGGCGUGCGCGAAUCCAGGAUCGAAGUCCACAAGUGGUACAUGUAGAUGAAGGUCAUACCGUACACUUUUUCUGCCGGGCUGAUGGUGAUCCACCACCAACAAUACUUUGGCAGUCCCCACGAAAGACUUUCAUCACCAGCAAAAGCAAUGGGCGUCUGACUGUAUUUCCAGAUGGAACGUUGGAGGUACGUUAUGCCCAGAUACAAGACAAUGGGACUUACCACUGUGUGGCAAGUAAUGCAGGUGGUAAUGAUACUUCAUUAGCUCAUCUCCAUGUACGCAGUUAUUCUCCGGAUUGGCCUCACCAACCCAACAAGACCUUUGCCUUCAUUUCAAACCAGCCGAAUGAAAGUGAUGUCAACAGCACUCGUGCAAGUGUCCCGUUCCCAUUUGAUAUCAAGACUUUAAUUAUUGCAACCACAAUGGGCUUUAUAUCCUUCUUGGGGGUGGUUUUGUUUUGCUUGGUUCUUCUUUUUCUUUGGAGCAGGGGCAAAGGAAACACCAAACACAAUAUUGAGAUUGAGUAUGUGCCACGAAAGUCUGAUGCUGGGCUCUCCUCUGCAGAUGCUCCUCGCAAGUUUAAUAUGAAGAUGAUCUGAUACAGGUUGAGCACUGGGGAAGGUGAGAGAUGUGGUUAUAUGGGCAAUUAGUGGAAUGCACAAAGCCUGUUCUCAUCCUACCUUCCUUAUGCAACUGUUUAAAAACAAGCAACAUUACUUUUUUAAGGGAAGGAAUGACAACAGGGAUUCCUUAUCCUGUUGUUUUCGAUCCAUGGACUUUGUAUCUUUGGGGAAUGAUCUCUGCACUUUUAACCUUGUGAGUUUGCUCCCCAAAACUUCCCCAGAUCUCAAAAAAUGCCCUCGGUCCAUACCAACAAUACAUUUGUUGAUAUGGCCUUCAUGAGGCUAGGCUAUGUUGAAAGAAUAUAAUAAAAAAAAUAAAAGAAUUGGUAAAUUUACAGAGUAAAGAACAAGGUGUUGAGAGUGUGGGAGGCCAAGAGACUAAAACUGAACUUUGUCCUCUGUAUCUUCUCCUGAUUUCAAUACCUGUGAUUUUUAUGAAAAAAAUAAAUAACAAUAUUAUGGAAAAAAAAUUAAAGAAAAACUGUAAAACUCCAAAAA